GGAGCUGACAACGCAGUGGAAGCUUACCAUAUGCUUGGGACCUGUCAACAACCUUGCAAAUUCUGUGUCGCCGCCGCGCGCGCGAGCUAGCGUGAACCUCUGCUGCCGGCGCGAUGGCGGCAUCAAUGGAGUGCAGCCGCAGCAGCAACAGUGACGCUGCGGCGCCGUUGCCUGCCGAGUCACCGCUUGUGAGGCCCUCCAGCGGCAGCCACUCGCCGGCGGCAAUCGCGCCGAUGGUGGUGGCCUGGACGGCGCCUUUGGCGAUCGCCUACCUCCCCAUCGCCGCCGUGCUGCCGCAGCUGCCGCACAGUGGGCCGCCGCCGACCGGCCGCGCCGCCGCGCUGCUAGCCUGCGCGGUGUGGCCGCUGCUGCAGCUGGGGCUGCUGCGACCGGCACUGCUGGCGCCUCUGCCGCCACCUGUUGCUAAUGCUGGUGAUGAUGAUUGCGAUGUUGAUGCUGGUGGUGGUGGUGGUGGUGGUGGUUUUCGUGGACCAAGCGGCGCUAGUGCGGAGCGGGCAAAGGGCGGUUCCGGCGAUGGCUGCAUGAUUGGGCCCAGCACCAGCAGCACCGCCGGUCCCGUAAGCCCCGGCACCCAGGGCCGAGACCAUCCUCGCCAACCCGCUAGCACCAGCACUGGCGCCGUGGGCCUCUUCGUCGCUGCCUUUGUGCGCGACUGGCGCCGACUGGGCUGGCUAGCGCUGGCGGUGGCGCAGCGCGCGCUGCGGCUGGCGGCGGGCGCGCAUGCCGCGGCGGCCAUCGGCGCCAUUGUGUGCGGCUGCGUGCGCGGCUGGGGCAGCCCCUGUUGCCGCGCCAUGCGGCAGCUCACCAGCUGCAGCGGGCUGCUGCUGCAAGUGGGGGUGCUGAUCACCGCGCUGUGCACCGCGGCGGCGCUGGAGGCCCCGGCCGCGGCAGCUCACGUGCGCGACACUGGCCGGGACCAGGCGCAGCUGGCGGCGCGGGCGCCCAAGCGCCCGCCUGUACUAUGUGCCGCCGAGCGCGCUGCUUCUGCCAGCGCUUCGGGAAUGGCGGCGAGCGGUGCAGCCGCCGCCACAGCCGGUGCCGUCAUCAGGCCGGGGGCACUGGUCCCCGCCGCGGCGCCGCCGCCGCCACAAAUCUUACGGACGGUGAUGCGCCUGGCGGCGCACGCCCUCUGCGCCGCCGGCGCCCUCAACGUGGGCGUUCACUCCGCCGCCGUCGCCGCUGCCGCCACCGGCUUUGUACAUGGCGGCGGCGGCGGCGGCAGUAGCGUGCUGUGGCUGCAGCUGCCGCCGCCGCCCAAUGUCGACAGGCCGGCUCUGUGUCGGUCCGGACCGCCCGCCGGAUUGCUCUCAGCCUCCAGCUUUCCCACCUUCCUUUUGCCGAUCAGUGGCAUGUUCGGUGGUGGCCGCUUUGGGGGCCGGGCACGGGACGCGGCAGCAGCUGUGGCGGCGGUGCCGCCGCUCUGCGUUCCCGCGGAGGUGGCGGUGCUGGUGGCGGCGCUGGGUGGAGCCCUGGCUGCUGCUAUCUACCACAUGAUGGUCCCGGUGCUGGCAUGGGUGUUCGCUUGGGCCGUGGCCCGGACGAUCGCGCUCAUGGCAUUCAGCCCCGCUGCUGGAUGGCCGACGCCACACCAACAGCUGCUACAGCAACCGCUACAGCCGUCGCUGCUGCAGCAGCAGCUACGGCCACCUCAACAGCAGGCGCCUGACGCGCGCCCGGGGCUGAGGUCGGGCACAGCGUCGGCUGCUGCACAGCUGCUGGCGCCAGCACAGCAGACAGAGGCACGCCCACAGCAGGUGGUGGCGCCGGUGACUGCAUCCCUCCUGGCGGCCGAGGCCGCGGCUGCAGUGCACACGGCGACCGUCCACACGGCUGCGGCGGCGGCGAUGGCUAGGGCGGGGGCGCGUGCAUCGGCUCUGUACCGCUCGCGGUCGCGUCAAGUGACGGCCGCAUUCAAGCUGGAGGUGCCGCCGGGCGUGUCCUUCGAGGCCGCCGCCGCCUUCGUCGCCGCCCGCGUCCACCUCACCGUUCAGGAGCUAACGCGCGACCUCAGCAGCCGCAACACCAGCGGCCACAGCCAUAGGGGAAACGGCAGCGGCGACAGUAGCGGCGGUGGCGGUCAGAGCCGCGGUGGCGGUGACGCUGGCGUGGCAGGGGAGCCGGCCGGAGAUGCGUCCAGCAAUACCAACGGCGGCAGUGGGGGCGCCCGCGGCAGCUUCAAACGUGGUGCUGGCAGUGCCAGCCGCAGCGAGACUCCCACGCCAGCCGCCGACGCCCGGCCAGCUGUGGCCGAUGCUGCCAGCGCUGCCCUGAUCGCGGCCUCAGCAGGCACCGGUGCCGUGCCCAGCAUCCCCGACCCCAUCUACAUCCCAAGCCCCGUCGAGCUCAAUGCGAUGUCCCGCAGUUUCAGUAGCAGUCCUGCGGACGCAGCGGCAGUGGCGGUGCCUGCUGCUGACACGGCGCCUGCUUCAGACUCAGGCACCGCACUCUGUGCAGGUAGUGCAGGGCUGUCCGAAGCGCCCCCAGCCCCAGGCCCUGCUACUGCUGCGGCUACUGCGGCUGCUGCUACGGCUGAGGCGGCGGCACGGGCUGCUGCCGCAAUAGCUCGGCCGCUGCCGCGCUUCGCGAGCUACGCAACUCAUGUGCAGUGCGUGCCGGGUUGCAUCGAGAUCAUUCUGCAGCUGCAGUUCGCACCCGAGGAUGAGAAUGAGGGGCAGGCAGCAGACGGCGUCCAGCAGCCUGCCGACCACAGCAGCAGCAGCAGCAGCAGAAGUGCGAAUGCAGCCCUGCUGACCGCCGGCGCGGCGGCGCCCGUGCGGACUGCGGACGCGGCGGCGGUGGAGGCGGCUUUGGAGGCGGCUGUGCAGGCCGCCGUGCUGGCGCUGGAGAUGCAGCUGAUGGCACAGCUGCAGCAGGUGGCGGCGGCGGCUGUAGCAGCGGAGCCGCCGCGGGCGCCUGCGGCUGUAGCCGGCAGGAGCGGUGGGGAUGGCCACGGAGACACAGACGCCGCUGUGGCGCCUGCUUAUGAGACGUGCGAUGUUGUUAUUGAUGGUGGCUCUGGAAACGAGCAGCAGCGCGAGGAGCAGGUGCGGAGGGCUCUGGCGCCAGUGGGGUCGCACGGCAGCCCACUGCGUGUCGGCAGGACGGGCAGCGGCCGCCAGCGCCGCGGAGCAGGCAGUAGCAGCAGCAGCGGCAGCAGCAGCAGCAGCAGCGGAGAAGGCGAUCAGGGCGACGGCAGUGGCAGCAGCAGCAGCGGUGGUGGUGGUGGCAAAGCGACGGUCCCAGGCUCACAGCAGAGCACAGGCGGCGGCAUCCUGCGCGCGUUGUGGGUUAUAACGACUCCGGUGGGCUCUCGUGUGGGCACCGCCUCCCCUGAUGAAUCUACUGCAGGCAGCCGUGGCCGCCGCAGUAGCAGCCGCGGGCUCAUCUCCGGCACCGCGCAAGCUGCCGCCGGCCGCGAAAGCGGCAGUAGCAGUCAAGCCGCCGCAAGCCGGGGCCUGCAGUCGGGCAGGAGCAGUGUCAGCGUCGACGUGUGUCAGCAGCUGCCCGGCAGUGUCCAGUCAGCUCCGGCUGACGCCGCGGCUGCGGCAGGCGGAGCAGCCGGGCUGCUACUGCCCCUGGAGGCGGCGUCAGCGGCUGGCGAGCUGCUGCGCACGCUGUCCGCCGGGGCGUCGGCGGCGGCGGGGGUGCAUGGCACGGACACAGAGAGUGGGGAGGAGAGCCCACGAGAGAGGCCGCAAGAGGGCCUGCAGGAGGGCCUACAACAGCAACAAACUGACCUGCUGCCGCAGUGGCUUGCAGCUGUAAGCGAUAGCAGAAGUAGUAGCGCUGGCAGCACACGCACGGCGCCGCUGCUGGUUUGCAUGGAACCCCCAGUGCUCAACACGGCAGCGGCGGCGCUCGCUGCCGCCGCGGCCGGCAGCAGCAAUGAGGCGUCGGCUGCUGGGAACACGGCGCGCGCGCGUUCCAACGUGCGUCUUGACGUUUUUGCCCCGGAGCACUUCAGAUGGUAUCGCAUGCGUCCUGCUCCUGCCGGCACGGCACCAGCUGCUGCAGGCGCUGCUGCAGCCACUGCUACUGCCACUGCUACUGCCGUACCGCCCCCGCCGCUGCUGGUGCGGGUGGUGGUGACGCAGGCAGGCGCAGUGGUGGUAGAGGUUCCGCGACUGGAGGUGGGGCCGCGAGGAGCCAGCGUCAGCCUGGACCUGUCUGGCUUGGCCGAGGGCAGUGCGGCACUGCUGGUGCUGCCGUACCGCGGCGGCCGCGAGGCGGAGCCCGACGGCAGUAGUGCUACAGCCCCUGCUACAGCCCCGGCGGCCCUGGCGGCGCUGCACUACAGCCCCAUAGCGGUGGUGUCGCCGGAGGUGGCGGCGGAGAUGUGCGACCUCAUGAACCGCAUGGAGCAGGAGCUGGCGGAGAAGGAGGAGGCGGCAGUAGCAGCAGCUGGCGAGGGCGGCAGCAGUAGCAGCCCCAGCAGCAGCACCAGAAUAAUCACCCAUGCCCGUGCCUUCACAGAGCAUCUGUGUCCGCUGGUGUCAGACAUGGUGUCAAUGCUCCUGGGUUGCGGCCGGCUAGCGGCAGAGCACACUAGCAGUAGCAGCAGCAGCAGCAGCAGCAUGCGCCGUGGGGUCGGCGGCGGCGGCGCCACUGGCGGCAGUAGCAGCCAGCCGCCGCCAGCGACUGGACGGCUGGACGGCGCCGAUGCGGACUCGCAGCGUGCCGGUUCCGCAGCAGGCGAUGCGGCCGCCAACGCGAGCGACGCAGCAGCCGACAGCGCCGCAAGCAGCAGCGCAGCUGCCCUCACCAACAGCACCGGUGGCAAUGGAAAUGGCAGUAAAGGCAGCAGCGAUGACAGCGGCGGGAGUGGGAGCAGUGCCAGGGCAAGCGGUGGAAACGGUGGAAGCGCAGCCGUCGGCGGUUUUGCCGUUGGCGGCGGCGCCGCGGGCCAUCAUGAUCACGUGAUGGCCGUUGGAGAUCUGCACGACCUGGCGGAUGGGCUUUUCAACUACCUACGUGACAUGGGGCUGCCGUACACACUGCAGUACCUCGUAGACGGGCUGGGGGCCAUUGCCGCCGUCGUAUCAGCGCCAGCCGCCGCCGCCGCCGCCAACGCACCUGCUGCCGCCGCCGCUCAUGCCGCCAGCGCGGCCAUAGCCUCAGCUGCGGUGGCAGCCGGUGGCGUGACUGUAGCGGGAGCGAGGUUGAAUACCACAGCCGCGGAUACUGACGCGGGCGCUGACGCGGACGCGGACGCUGACACUGGCGCUGACGGCGAGGGCGCCCGCCGUGCCCCUGGCUUCCCAGCCCGCGGGUUCGGCGGUGGUCCUGUUCCGUAUCAGGAGCCGCAGGAGCCACCGCGGGCGUCUGGUAGUGAUGGUGCUGACGACAACAGCAGCAGCGGCAGCGCUGACGACGGCGGCCGCAGCGCUGCUGGCGGCAACACUAGUAGCGGCGGCGUCCUGGCGGCGGUGGAGGAUAAGGCAGUGCGGCUGCCGGCGCUGGCCUCGGAGUGCGAGCGGCUGCUGGUGGCGGUGAAGAGCGUGGCUCGCGGCUUCAGUGACCCGCAAGUGGAGGCCGCCUGCCGGCGCUUCCGCUGCUACGAGUGCCAGCGCCUGCGCCUCGACCACGCCGCCGCCGCCGCCCACGCCGCGCUGGCCGUGGCAACCAUCAUACUGGCGGCACGCAGGCUCCGAGACGGCGGCAGCGGCGGCGGCAGUGACGGCUGGGAUGCCGGCAGCAGCUGGGACAUGCUGAAGGGGGCUGCUGGCGGUACGCUGCUACAGCCGGCGGCUGCCGCGCAGCAGCUGCUGCAGGGCCUGCCGGCGGCAUGCCUGCUGCUCAGCCUGGCGCUGGUGCCAGCACUGGUGCUGCCGGCGGUGCUACUGGAGCGGAUCGGGCCGCAGGCGGGCGCCAGCUGGCGGGAGACCAUCGUAAAUCUGAUGCACGUGGUGCUGGUGGCGGCGCUGUGCCUGUACGGCAAGUACGGCGCCGGCGGCGAGCCUGGCGGCGGCGGCGGCGAGGCGUGGCAGCUGCCGCUGCAGGCCGGCCGGGCGCUGGCGUUGCUGCUGGUGGUGGUGCAGCCGGCCGCUUAUGGGAUUCACUUUGCCAGCGGCUACUGCUGCUGGGUGUUGGACAUGGUGCUUCUCACGCUGGUGCACUGGCGCUGCACAGCGCUAGAGGCGGCGGAGCGCGGCGGUGGCGGCAGCAUGGGCGGCGGCGGCGCGGAGCAGUGGGGCGUGUGCUGGGCCCCGUCGUCUUGGGUGGAGGCCAUCGCACCGGCCGUGACGGGGGUCGUGGCCUCCGGUGCGCUGGUGGCGGCGGUGGACACGGCCUGGCGCCUGCACUUCCUGCGCCACCAGCACCAGCACCACUGGCGGGAGACCAUCGUAAAUCUGAUGCACGUGGUGCUGGUGGCGGCGCUGUGCCUGUACGGCAAGUACGGCGCCGGCGGCGAGCCUGGCGGCGGCGGCGGCGAGGCGUGGCAGCUGCCGCUGCAGGCCGGCCGGGCGCUGGCGUUGCUGCUGGUGGUGGUGCAGCCGGCCGCUUAUGGGAUUCACUUUGCCAGCGGCUACUGCUGCUGGGUGUUGGACAUGGUGCUUCUCACGCUGGUGCACUGGCGCUGCACAGCGCUAGAGGCGGCGGAGCGCGGCGGUGGCGGCAGCAUGGGCGGCGGCGGCGCGGAGCAGUGGGGCGUGUGCUGGGCCCCGUCGUCUUGGGUGGAGGCCAUCGCACCGGCCGUGACGGGGGUCGUGGCCUCCGGUGCGCUGGUGGCGGCGGUGGACACGGCCUGGCGCCUGCACUUCCUGCGCCACCAGCACCAGCACCAGUGGCAACAGCAGCGCUGGGGUUCACAGCAGCCGCGACGACGGGCGGUGCGGAGGGAGCAGCAGCAGUAGCGGGAGCCAGGGUGAGGAGCGAGGCAGCAGCAGGCAGCAGGCGAGGCAAGGAGCAUGAGCGCAAAGAGCAUGAGCAGGAGCGGAAGCGAGCUGCAGUGGCGGCGACAGGCGGGCAGCAAGGAGAAUAAAAGCGUGAACCACCGUAAAUUGUCAACACAGUCGACCGUGGUGCUGGAUUCCACAUGUAGUUGCCGGUGGCGGUCCGCAGGGGCGCACAACUAGCGGGCGUUUGCAUGUCGCUUGCUGGUCACGUUUCAUUUCUGUGUCCAUAGGCUGGUGCGUUCUUUCAAACCCGUGCGGCUGCAGUGUUUUAGGCACUGUUCAGACGUGUGCUGCUGUGUUUUUGUUUCAUGCUCAGUGAGAUGAGACCCGGCUGGUCAGUAGUGGCGGUAAUACCGUAUGUCGCGCAUGCCGUCUGUUGACGUGCUUGGAUACCCAUUGGGAAUUGCUGUCACAAAGAGCGCUGCCAUAGACUGCGGCAACGGCGGUGCCGCGGUUCUACCUGUGUCGCUUGCCCACUGGCUGGCGCAUACCAUAUGUUAGAGUGGAAGUUUACGAGCGAGUGCGCGGUGGUGGAAGUCGAGUUGCUACUGAGCAUUUAUAGUGUCAGCGCAGGAUAUUGCAUCACGUGAUGAGAAUUAUAUCAUGACCUGGGUGUAUGUCUGAGAAGCAUGCAGUGGGUGUGCCAGCAAGUGAGUCGCUGAUGAACGCAUGUGUGCGUAUUAAAUGCAUGAGGUGAUGGUCCCCUUCUAGAUAGGCCCCUGCCUACCUGCUGCAUGGGGCGCAGCAAGAGGAUUGCACGUGCUACCGGGCAGACAAUAACGUAAGGCAACAGCAUCUUCACCGAGUAAGGGGUACUUCUUGUUGGUCAUUCAUGGAUUGCGGCUCCAAGUCGAGCGGAGAUAGGGAUGCAUGCAGGGCUGCUGAAUCGGGGUAGGUCAUCCUUAUCGCAUGCAUGAAGCACGGCACAAAGGUCAUGCAUGCGCUAAUCGUCGCCGGCGCAUUGGCUGGUGCGGAGGAGCAAGGCAGGGUGCUCACGCAAGCAAGCAGCUUGAAUAAUGAUAUGGACGCGUUUCACAGAGGAGGUCUCGUUUCUUAAAGAGGAAUGAGCUUUGCUGAACCCACCGUGUCGCAGUGUGGUGAGAUUGGCCUGUUUCGCGGGGGCGAUGAGCUGCCAGCUGCUGUGGCGCCGGCAGUUGGCCAACUUGGCGUGAGUUCACAAUCCCCAUUUCACGCUCGAGGCGGCAGUAAACAACGGGCAUGGUGUGCAGGGUAAUAACACUACGGUACGCACGUGGAUGCGUGUGCAGCAGGACUGCUGUGCGCAGCGGUGCGUGGUGUGGGAGGCACCCAGCAAUCGGAGGAGAGGUUCAAGGGCGCUGGGUAAAGUGCCGCCAUGGCCCGGCAUGACAAUGUAUUCCGUUUUGUACACACAUCCCAGCCUGUGUCCCACAGGGUGUCGGCGUCCGAAGUGAGAUGGGUGUGCUGGGCUUGAUUCUGGUCACACUUUCCGUGCGGAGGUCCGAUAAGAUAUACGUAACCAACCCCGAUGAGGUACACUUUGCGCUGCCGUCUGCCGGUGAGUCGGUGGGUGUCAGGUGGCUAGGCCCACGGGGCUCCUGCGUUGGACCGUGGCAGGGAGGGAAUGAACAGGAUGUCGGGCCUCACCCUUUCACGCAAUAUGCAGUAUUCGACAUUUUAUGCGAGCGUGCGGUGAAGCGUGGUUACGGUAUUUCGUGUUGUCUGAGAAAGUGGCAAGUGACGCCGUUGGUGAAUCUGGGCACAGUGACACUGUGGCACCGCGCGGGAAAGAAACACACCUCGUAUACAUAUAUCGGCAUUUGCAUAGGCAAGUCACUGGCCCCUUGGGGUCUGGAACUUUGCACCGGCAGGGCCCCAACUUUGCACCGGUAAUUCCCGGUGCACGAUUCCCCCUCCACCUUCGCGCGCGUCGCCCAGUCUCCCCCAGGCACCCCCAGCUCUCCCGCCAAUUGCGCCGUAAUUGAUGGCAAGGGAGCUCCUACUUGGGUAGACUUUGGCUUGAAAUGGGGGCAAACGGUGGGCUGGCGAAGGGAGAAAGCCCGGAUGGAUAAUCCCUGUAACACGUUACAAGA